AUGAAAGCGACAUCUACGGUACAGGCAACACUGACGCAAACAGUUCCACCAAAUGCGCGGGCUGAGUCGGAUCAUGAAAUAAUCACGCUAGAUUCUGAUGAAGAACCAUCUGCCGAGAAGGAGGAUGUCGACAGCAGCGCCGCAUUUCUUAACUUCUUUUCGGACGGGGUGUCCGGUUAUUCGAAGAUGUAUGAUCCACGUUACAGACCAGAGGAACGCCCGCAACUUUUCGCGGCUGAUCUGGCAGAGGCUCAGCCAUGUCAGAAAGAUUUCACAGCCACAGUGAAUGCAGACAGCGAUUUGGUUAAAUUUAGAAAAAGGAAGCAGCCGUGUACUGAGCAGUUACGUCGCCGUUCACCAAAACGUGAAGACAAUCACUCAUCGAGACGGAGAGACUCGCCACGACGAUCGCAUACCUCAUCAAAACAC